AUGAGCUUUGAUUUUUACGGAAAACGAUUGGCUACAUGCAGUUCUGACCGUAAGAUAAAAAUCUGGGAAGAAUUUGGACAAGAAUGGCGUCUUGAGUACGAAUGGAACGCACAUCAAGCCAGUGUAUGGAAAGUCGAGUGGGCACAUCCAGAAUUUGGCCAGAUUUUAGCCUCGUGUUCCUUUGAUCGCACGGUUUCCAUCUGGGAAGACCAGGGAAUGUAUUUGAAUGGUGGGAAUGUCUCGUCUACCUUAAGUGGGGACGUAGUAAACGCUAAUGGAGGACCGACAGCUAGUGGUAAUGCCGGAACAAAGGAAGGAUGGCGUAAUCAAGCACAGCUCGUGGAUGCUAGAGACUCGGUGCACGAUGUUAAGUUUGCCCCUCGACACUUGGGCUUGCGUCUUGCGACGGCGUCCGAAGACGGUUUUGUGCGUAUGUACGAAGCCAUUGACGUGAUGAACCUGUCGCACUGGCCGCUGCAGGAAGAGUUCUUAGCAGAUAAGGAUGGUGCGACGUGUGUCUCGUGGAAUAAGUCACGGUUUGACGUGCCGAUGAUUGUGGCGGGUGGCAACAGCGAGGUGGCUAAGGUUUGGGGGUACAACAAUUCGUACCGUAGGUGGCAAGUUGUUGUGGAGCUCGUGGGUCACACGGAUACAAUCCAUGAUGUGUGUUGGGCGCCAAACAUGGGUCGCUCGUCGCAUCUCUUGGCAACGGCUAGUAAGGAUCGUACGGUGCGUAUUUGGCGACUUACGAUUCAGGAGGACAACCACCUACAAGCUGAUGUUGAGGAGGUAGCGCGUAAACAUCACCAUGACUCGGAAGUCUGGCGUGUUGAAUGGAACAUUACUGGCACAAUGCUAGCGUCCUCGGGUGAUGACGGUACUAUUCGGAUGUGGAAAAGCGACUUCGAGGGCAAUUGGGCUUGUGUUAACACUAUUUGCGGAGACUUAGGCCCUGCCGUGGCGCCGCCACCAAUGGAUUUGCGAUCCAGUUAG